UCAUUGUCAUUUUACGUUUGUCAAAAUAAACUUGUAGAAAUUGUAGUUGUGCAAAUUAAUAUUUUUGAUUGAUAUUGAUUUUUACACCGUUUUUUUGUUCCACAAGGAAGUAACAUUUGUUAGAUAUCGCUAUUGUGAAAUUAAAUAUUUGAAUGGGGAUGUGUUAUUGUAGCACGGAAAUUAAAAUCUGCCCUUAACAUUCCAUGGGAUCAUAUAUUUCAAGAAGAAUGGACGAUCAUGGUUUACGUUCAAAUGCAGUCUCUGAAGAUGAUUCUGAUCGCGAAACGGAACACCAGCAUGUAGCUCUUUUACAAAGUUUAAUAGACAGUGGCCAGGUAGAAAUAAUGGAUAGUGAGUACAUUACGGUGAAUGGUCCCAAAGUGCCAAAAAUUAAAUUUAAGCCAAACACUACAGUUCUUGAUAAAAGUGAAUUUUCAUUAUCAACCAAGAUGGCCUCAGGUUUAGGAGAAAGUAGCCAAAAACUAAAGUCUUCAGAAAAUAUAUCAGAUAUGGUGCUGAACAGAGAAAAAGGAAUGUGCCCUUAUAGAAGUUUUUCAUACGCCCUUAAAUGUAAAGUAAGCAAUAGGUUUUUACCAAAUAGUAUGUCAGUCUUGGAUAUUUAUAACGGAAAAGCGUUCUGUGGUAUUUUUUCAAAAGAUGGUAAAACAUUAAUAACCGCUGCUCAAGAUCGACAGAUUCGUUUAUACAAAUCCGACGACUCGUCAUACAAAUUAUUUAAUAGUUUAAGUGCAAGGGACAUAGGGUGGAGUAUCAUAGACGUAGCAAUAAGUCCAGACCAGAACCAUUUUUUAUACUCGACGUGGUCAUCGUCACUACACUUGUGUUCGCUGAACGAAAGCAGCCACCAGGAGCCACUUUGUCUUAGUCGCACCAGCCGAAGGUUUUGCGUAUUUUCGGUGGUGUUUUCUUCCGACGGAAAAGAAUUUCUGGGUGGAGCAAACGAUGGUUGUUUGUAUAUCUAUGAUCUCCAAUCACACGCCAAGGUGAAAAUUCCUGCCCAUGAAUAUGAUGUCAAUAGUGUGGCCUUCGCGGAUGUUUCCUCACAUAUCAUCUACAGUGGAGGGGAUGAUGGGUUGAUUAAAGUUUGGGAUAGGAGGACGCUGGGUGAGUCUUACGUUAAGCCAGUGGGAGUCCUUGCUGGCCAUAUGGACGGGAUAACGUUCAUUGAUUCAAGAGGAGAUGGUAGACAUUUAAUAUCCAAUAGUAAAGAUCAGAGUAUAAAACUGUGGGAUGUUAGGGUGUUCUCUGGAGAGAAAGCAGCGGAAAAGUCUUUGCAGGCUGUGCACGAACAAACGUGGGAUUAUAGGUGGCAACAGGUUCCAAAAAGGCUGUUUACUUCCAAAGAUAAAUUAGAGGGAGAUACUUCAAUUAUGACGUACAGAGGCCACGUUGUUAUAAAAACAUUGGUAAGGUGUAGAUUUUCACCUCUAGAAACAACGGGACAAAGAUAUAUUUAUACUGGAUCUGGAACUGGGGAUAUGAUAAUUUAUGAUUCCCUUACUGGUAAAGUAGAAGAGUUCGUCCAUGGUCACAAAGCUUGCGUACGAGAUGUAUACUGGCAUCCUUACCGUAACGAAAUAAUCACAACAUCAUGGGACGGUAGAAUAGGCCGUUGGACAUACAGAGACAAGACCUCAGCGCGGGAUAACGAACCAGAACGGCGGUCACAAAAUUCCACAAAUGGACCUAAAUUUCAACCACCUCAAACGCCACUGAGGCGCAGCUCAAGAAUCGCUUCUAAAAAGCGAUCAACAAGAGCUGACUAAGCAUAUUUCGUUAUAUAUUUUGUUUAUAGUUUAACAAAAAUACAAGUUUUUAAAAAGUUA